GUUUUAGAAAAUUGCGACAUCUUGACUGAAGCUACUGGAUGCUUUGUCUGGUGCUCUUCCCAUCGUUUGCACGAUGAUGCCAUGUGGAGACAUUUGGCCUCUUUGAUUCUUGCCCAUGUUGAGUUAUUUUUUUCUUAGUGAGGCCACCUGCUGCCCCGCUGGCUCUCAGUUGGCCCAGCUCUUGCUCUGUGGAGCCCAUCGUGUGAGGGCUUUGAGAGCAUCAUGACAAUUUUAAAUUCUAUCAGCCUAGAGGUAUUCGGAAACUGUUUAUAGUGAAGAUGUCCAUUGGUGUUUCAAUAGAUCAUGUAUUUUCUUUUCCCAUUUUCCUGCAGUAUGGUGAUUCGUGGUGAUAAAGAUGAGCAGGCUGUGCUGUGCAGUAAAGACAAAACAUAUGACUUGAAGAUAGCAGACACUUCCAAUAUGUUGCUUUUAAUUCCUGGUUGUAAAACUCCAGACCAGCUGAAGAUGGAAGAAACCCCCUGUAACAUUAUUCACACUGAGAUCUUUGGUUUUUCUAAUAAUUAUUGGGAACUAAGAAGAUGUAGACCUAAAUUGAAGAAGCUAAAGAGACUUUUGAUGGCAAAUACCUAUGAAGGACCUGACAGUCAAAAAGAAAAGGAUUCCAAUUGCUCAAAAUAUACAACUGAAGAUUUGCUUGAUCAAAUUCAGGCAAGUGAGGAAGAAUUAAUGACCCAAUUACAAGUUCUAAAUGCCUGUGAGAUUGAAGGUUAUUGGAGGAUUCUUGAAUUUGAUUAUGAGAUGAAACUUCUGAAUCAUGUAACUCAGCUUGUGGAUUCUGAAUCUUGGUCUUGUACUAAAGUUCCUUUGAACAUAUGUCUUCAGGAGCUGGGACCAUUAGAGCCAGAAGAAAUGAUUGAACACUGUCUUAAAUGUUACGGAAGAAGAUAUAUAGAGGAAGGUGAAGUUUAUUUUGAAUUGAGUGCCGACAAAAUCUGCAGAGCAACGGCACAAAUGCUACUUCAGAACGCAGUGAAGUUCAAUCUUGCUGAGUUUCUGGAAGUGUGGCAGCAGAGUGUCCCUGAAGGAAUGACAGCUAGGCUUGACCAGCUUAAGGGUUUGGCCUUGGUGGACAGACACUCAAGACCAGAAAUCAUAUUUUUGCUAAAAGUAGAUGAUUUACCUGAGGAUAAUCAGGCACGUUUUAAUAGUCUGUUCUCUCUAAGGGAGAAAUGGACAGAAGACGAUAUUGCUCCAUAUAUUCAAGAUUUGUGUGGAGAGAAGCAAACCAUAGGUGCAUUACUUACUAAAUAUUCUCGAUCUUCAAUGCAAAAUGGUGUUAAAGUUUAUAACUCAAGAAGACCCAUUUCUUAAAAGAGCGACAAUCUUUUCUUUGGACUAAAGUCCCUUUAUAAGGUUGCUGGUUAUAAGAAGAAGAUUCUUUUAUGUAUUUGUAUUCCAGAGUUUAAAAACCUCGUGAUAUGGGGCAUUUUCUUUCUCAUCUUAAGCAUCUUGAAACUACUGCUCUUCUUUCUCAAAUGUACGAUAAUAGGAUAUUUCUGUCUUUCAAGUUAUGCUUGUAUUAGGUACACAGUGUAAACAAGGACAGAAGAAAGUGUUAUUUCUUAUGUUUAGUAUAUCUCUGUAGUCCAUUUGGUUUUAUUUAUUGAAAAUUGUUUGCUUUUUUAAUAUUUAACAUUGUAUUUCUUUAAUUAGGAUUUGACAUUGUAAUCAUUAUUAAAUUUAAGUUUUCAGAGAACUAAA